CAGAGCAAAUUACAGGGUCUGACAUCGUACUUGCGAGUUCCCACAUGUCGUUAAUGUUAAUUUUAGUGAUCUCUGACUGGUGAAGUUGGACAUCAUUGGUGCCGACAUGAAUAAUAAUCUUAAAGUAAAAGGUUAGAGGUUAAAGUCAAAGGUCAACAUAUCAGUAAAUGUCACGCUAAUAUGAUUAUUAUUCAAAACAUUCUGCCACUUCUAUAAUUUUAAAACUGUUUUAUGUUGGAAACAGUUUAAUUGUGCAACAUAUUGGAGUAAUAGAUUUAGUCUUUAUGAAAUGCUGUUGUACUUCUGGUUUUCUUUCAGCAUCUGUUCUUCUAUAUCAACUAUUUCAUUUGGGAAUUUGGCUAAAUCAAGAUGCUGCUGAUUACUGAAGCUCUUCUUCUCAUUUUUGCUGCUUUAGGACAGGAUCACAGAGGAUCUGCAGGACAGAUAUUUUCAUUGGAUAUGGCACCAAAUUCUGUUGAUGAUCAGUAUAAGGGUUGUAUAGAGAACAUGAAACACCUGGUGGAGACAAAACUUCUAGAGAAAGAAAAAUCUCAGUCUGAACAUGAAUUUGCAAAACUUUGGGAAGAGGGUGUCCAUGAAGCCAAAACACCAGAAGAUAACUUGUCAAAAAAUCAUUCAGUUGCUGUUUAUGUUUACACACAUUCAAGUCCACUGUAUGAAUUUUUCAAUAAUGAUGUUCGUAGUCAGAAACAAAAAUACAAAGACAAGACAUUUAAAUGGUAUUCGCUUCACUUUCUGUUAACAAAUGCGAUACAGAUUCUGAAGAAAACACAAAAUAGAUGCUAUUUCACGUAUCGUGGUACUACAGAGGAAUUUGAUAAGAAUGUUUUGAACAAAGAGGUUCGUUUUGGAUCAUUUACAUCCUCCUCUUUAUAUCAAAGUGUAGCACAACGUUUUGGAACUAAAUCUUGUUUUAAAAUCUUCACUUGUGAAGGUGCUGAUGUGUCACAUUACUCUAUAUUUCUUUCUGAGAAAGAGGUGCUGAUUCCUCCAUAUGAGAGGUUCAAAGUCAUUGCUGUCAACACGAGAAAAGGUCAGAAGGAUCUCUGGUGUGACACUGUGUUCAUAUUGCACAGCUCUGGAACAAGAAGUGACCUGAACUGUGCAGUGGCAUCCAUGGAUAUCAGUACCAAUGCUCCUUCAAUUAAUUUUAUUAUUUGGUUUUCUGUUAUUAUAACUACUAUUAUUAUUUGUUAUGUAAUGUAUAUUUUAAUUAAGAAGUGCUAUGGUAUGGACACUGUUAGACCUUACCAGGCUUUUAAUUAUUAACUGUAAUCUGCAGUGCUGUAAAGGUCCCACACAGAUAGACUGCCAUAAAUUGUCAGACUGAUUCCACAAAAAUAUUUUAAAUAAAGAGAUUUUCACUGCA